UACACUACAACUCCCAGCAUGUCUUGUGAAUCCCUUUCAAUUCAACCAACCCUUCACUAGGCGUCACGCGCCCCUCCCCCAGACGCGCCACCAGACUGUCCAAUCAGCAGCGAAACCGCGUGCGCAGAUUCAAACGCAGUUCUAGAAGGAGGAUGGGCGCGAGAAACGGCGGGAUGGACGAAAAACCUGAAAUACGAAAUCAAAACAGCGUAGAUGAGAGUAGGGGGCAUGAAUAGUGAUCGAGACAGGCUGCAGUAGCCGAAAAUAUGCGUAUCGCGACUUGGGACCCACAGACACGGCGCGGAAACUGCACAACUUAAUUUGAUUGAUCUAAGAGAAGAUCACAUUGUAUAACAUCAUCGGAUACUGUCACUGUGUCAGAGAGAUAAAGACGUAAUUGACAUCUCCUGAUCAGAGCGAAGAAGGACAAACUGCAAUUAUAGGUUUGACAGCGCCUGGGUGUUACAGGUUACGUGUGGAUUGGAGCCAGUGUGUUCUGUAUAUGUAUUCAUAAAACUGGAACUAAGAUAAGAUAGCCGAUCGUGCAAUUUUCUAUAUUUGGUCCUUGCUGCUGAUUUAGCCAGAAGAAAGCUCAUCACUAUGGCCAGCAUGACGGCUCGCAGUGAGGAUAUAGAAGAUGAAGGAGUCCUUCAGGAUCAAGACUGUAAAUCUGCUGAGCUGAAGAAUUCUAAGAAAUUGUUGAGCAAAGUGAAGUGGUCUCGAGAAGAGGAUGAGAAGCUAAAGAGGUUGGUAGACCAACAUGGACCAGAAGCUUGGGAUUUAAUUUCAAAUUACCUUCCAAAACGGACCGAUGCACAGUGUCAGCAUCGUUGGCAGAAGGUACUCAACCCAGAGCUAGUUAAAGGACCCUGGACCAAAGAGGAGGAUCAAAGGGUCAUUGAACUUGUGUACAAGUACGGUCCGAAGCGCUGGUCUGUGAUCGCCAAGCACCUCCAUGGAAGAAUUGGCAAACAGUGCCGGGAAAGAUGGCACAACCACCUGAACCCUGAGGUGAAGAAGUCAUCGUGGACUGAGGAAGAGGACCGUGUCAUUUAUGAAGCCCACAAACGCCUAGGAAACAGAUGGGCAGAAAUUGCUAAAUUGCUCCCUGGAAGGACAGAUAAUUCAAUCAAGAACCACUGGAACUCCACAAUGCGGAGGAAGGUGGAAGAUGAAGGGUACUUGAAAGACGAGUCGAACUCCCUCUGUAGAUCCAAACAUGCAUCCAAACGAUGCUCGAAAGCAUACUCCCACCUGGAUGCCUUACAAGCACAGAAUCAGUUUGUCUUGGCAUUUCCAGCUCAGAUUACUGGGUACUCCUUUAGUUCAGCAGUUGAAAGCUGCAUGGAAGGUGUUCAAGAAACUUCAGUGUGUGUUCCACAGCCAUUUGAUGAUGAUCCUGAUAAGGAACAAAGAAUUAAGGAACUUGAGCUGCUGCUUAUGUCAGCUGAGAACGAAGUUGGAAGAAAGCGAGUCUCAUGUCAGAGUGAAAGAUUUAGUAGCUGGUCCAGUAGUGGCUGCAUGACAAAUACUACAGUGAGCAGCCUGGAGGACCAAAGCAUGGAAUACUGCCGAGCUGAGCAGCCCCCGAACACAGCUGUCCCCCAGCAGCCGUCUCCCAGCAAGUUCCUCGCAGUGGAGGCGAGUGCCGUGCUGUCAUCCUUGCAGACAAUCCCAGAGUUUGCAGAAACACUGGAGCUUAUAGAUUCUGAUCCUGUUGUGUGGAGCGAUGUCACCAGCUUCAGCCUGUCUGAAGUGGCCUCUCCGAUGAAGCAGACUGCAGCUCCGUUUCCACACAAGCAGGAGGGCGUGAUUCUAGGCUACCAGUUUGAUGGCAGUGCAAUAUCACACAUGAGCAGGAACUGUAGCAGCAGCAAUGGGCAAAUGGAACUGAUUCCUUUAACAUCGUCCGUUGUGACCAAGUUCAGCACCCCCCCAUCCAUCCUGAGAAGGAAGAAAAAGGAAAGGACAAACCAUUCUCCCUCGAGCGAGGGAAACAGCAGUUCCUUCAUGGACACCAGUAGCGUGUCACCAAGAAACACUCCUGUCAAGUCACUGCCCUUUUCCCCUUCACAGUUCUUCAACAUUUCUGGGAAUGAAAAUUUCAAUCUGGACAACCCAGCACUCACUUCGACUCCAGUUUGUGGUCAGAAAUAUCUUGUCACAACUCCCCUACAGAAGGAAAUGACGCCCAAAAGCCAGAAGGAAAAUGCAGGGUUCAGAACACCUAAAAUUCGAAAGUCUAUUUUAGCCCCUACACCUCGGACUCCAACACCUUUUAAGAAUGCACUUGCUGCACAAGAGAAAAAGUAUGGGCCCUUAAAAAUGAUGCCUCAGCCACUGGCUUAUCUGGAAGAGGACAUUCGUGAAGUGUUGAAGGAGGAGACAGGAACGGAUAUAUUUCUCAGAGAGGAACUUGAACCAGCCUUCAGGGCCUGGAAACAGGAGCAUUAUGCACCUGCAAGAAAAGUCAGGAAGUCCCUUGUCUUGGAUGCCUGGGAAAAAGAAGGCCUCAAUGUCCACUUAUUCCCACAAGACCAACAGUCUAAUGAACAGUCCCCAUCUGGAAACCUGCUCACCUGCUCCUUAUUAAUGAUGCCGUUGUUAGAUAAAGUGGAAGGCAGCUGCUCACCAGUGGCUGUGAAAGAGGAGCCCGGUAUAACCCACCAGCACAGCGCACCUAUAAAAAAAGAGAAUCCUUAUAUGUUAAGGAGUACAAGAUUUGAAACACCAAUUCAGAUGAACAGUGAAUGGGAAACAGUUGUAUAUGGAAAGACGGAAGACCAGCUGAUAAUGACAGAACAAGCCCGGAAAUAUCUGAAUGCAUUUAAUAGUGGGAGUACAUCAAGAGCUCUUGUUCUUUGAAUACUCAAUUUGUCACGUGCCAGACUGCUGGCAUACAUUAGCACUACAGAUAGUGAAAUAACCUGAACAGUGUACACGACAUAUAGUCUGUGGUUUAUAUAUAAACACAUUUAACACUUUAGAUAUGUUUUUUUUUUAUAGAUAUUAUAAAAGCUGUUAUUUCUUAGUUUUCUGGUGGCCUCAACAAAAUGUGUGAGAUUUUAAUGUUGUGUAUCCUUAAGUAUACAGUUGGGAAAUGGGCCUUAGUUGGUGGCCUGUUUAGAAAUUUUUUAGGAGUGAAAUCCAUCUCAACUUGAACAUUCUCUUACAUUCUAUAAAAGAAUGUUUCUAUUUUUUUUAUAAAAAGCGUAACAUAAAACAUCUGUUUGGCCUAACAAAAGAAGCUUAUUUUAUUUUGGCAAUUUUAAGUAUUUCACUGUCUAAUCCCCCACCACCAUCCCAAUUUCUUGUUUUCUUGGGAAAUUUCUUCCCAAAAAUCCUGUCACUGAUAACUAUACCACCCC